AUGCUGACAAGAUAUCUCUCCCCGGAGAUCAUUUUGUUCUGCGUGUUGGCAAGUACAAGCCACGCUCAAAUUCCCGAUGCUAUUCAUCUGAUUACAUUGACCGAGGAGGCCCCCGAGUGGUCGUUCCAGUCCCCAAAUUUCACCCAUCGCUUCUACCCAGACGACACUCUCAGCGUCUGGCUGAUCCGAGUCGACAGGGGAUCCAGGGUGACUUUCAACUUCGAUGUGAUGGAGGUGGCGGAAAAUGACCUACUGCAAAUUGGCAACGGGAUCGAUGCGACGGACGUGGCCUCCGUCACGGGUGAAACCAUCAUUGCCACUUUCGCCGGGAAUUUGACAGGUGUAGACGGGGCUCGAGUCGCGUCUAACGAAAACGAGGCCUGGUUGAGAUUUCAGAGUUUUCACGUCUCGUCCUGCCGAGGGUUUACCGUAACAGUGAGGCAGGAAAAAGCAUCAGCACUGCUCAAGGAAAACGGAUUUUGCAGAAGAGAUGAUUUCAGGUGUGUCAAUGACGUUGAGGGCGUAACUUGUCUGGGUAAUGGUUCACGAUGUGAUGGAAUCCCGCACUGUAAGGAUUCAUCGGACAGUGCAAAUUGUUCUUCGCUAUACGACAGGUUUGAUGAGUCUGCGUGCAAGAUGUGUCCUGGCAAUCAACAAUAUGAUUAUGGAAAUCAUUCAUGUCCUGUUCCUCCUAGCAGAAAGCGUUGUACCAAUCCUAACCUAUUUUGUGGCUGUGGCGUCAAGGGUGACGACCUGGGAGUAAUAUGCAUAUGGUACCUGCCUACUUAUGUACUGUCGACACUGGACGAUACCACACACACCCUGUAUAUUUCCGGGGUAAACGUCAGCUCUCUUCAAAAUGGGACCUUCAAGUGGGAUAAUCUCAAGCAGUUGAAAGUGUUGGCUAUUCAGGCGACAAGUGACGAAGAAUCAGAUUUAAAGAAUUACGCAUUUGAAGGUCUCGACAGUUUGUCAACGCUUGUUAUUUUUGAUAUAAACUUGAGAAAAAUCGAAGCCAAAGCGUUUGCCGGACUCGACAAAUUAGAAACACUAUCAAUUUUGGAAAAGGACUCUAGUCCAAGGCUGCCGAUAAUAGAAGACGGUGCUUUUGACGUCGUCGGUGACAAAUUGUCUUUUCUGUAUGUGACUGAUUAUCGUCUGUGUUGUUUCUUCCCGCCGGAACUACAAGAGAGGUGCAGGGAAUGGUUUGAGAUUCCCGAACUCUUUGUCUGUAGUCAGCUGGUACCCAACUACGUCUUGAAGGCCUUCAUGUGGAUCUUGGGCAUCAGCGCAGUCGUUGGCAAUCUCUUUGUCAUGGUUUGGAGGUAUCGAGAGAAGACAGGGAACCGUGCUGGUCUGAUAAUUAAUUCCUUCUUGGUUGUCAAUCUGGCUGGUGCUGAUGCUCUGAUGGGCUUGUACAUGUUGAUCGUAGCUGGGGCUGAUGCGCACUACGGGGCCCGUUAUUUCGAGGUGUCUGGCGAGUGGCGAACCAGCGCCGCGUGUAAAGCAGCAGGAUUCAUCUCCAUCAUGGCCAACGAAGCGUCUGUGUUUCUCUUAGUUCUCAUCAGCGUCGCGAGAUUCAUGUUUGUUGUCUUCCCGUUUUUCACCAAUCGUCGCCUGACUUUCAAGGUAGCUAAGAUUGUUGUGGGCUUCGUUUGGCUCCUUACGAUCAUUCUUGCCGUGGUCUCCACAGUUCUGGCUUCGGAUGAAGCGUCUGAGGCCUACGGUCUCUCAGAUGUUUGCAUUGGUCUGCCACUGACGACCAGAAUUACUGGUUUUGAGAUCAAGGAAGACGUCGUUAAUGUUGGAGGAAUCGGUGAAGUGACCUACGCAAGACCUGUACCGACCAGCCAGUCCGCUACUUGGGUCUUUGCUAUUGUUAUUUUCCUGGGUGUCAAUCUGUUCGGUUUCUGCCUCAUUCUGGCCUGCUACGUCGCCAUCUUUGUCAAAGUCAAAGUGGCAGCCAGACGAGUGCGCAGCCGCAGCGCGCGAGAUGAAAGCGAGGUUCGGAUGGCCGUCAAGAUGGCGGCCAUUGUCUUGACGGAUUUUCUGUGCUGGAUCCCCGUCAUUAUCAUGGGAAUUCUCUUCCAGGCUGGUGUUGUCGAGAACAAUCCUGAGGUCUUCGUCUGGAGCGUUGUCUUCAUCCUUCCCAUCAACUCCUCCAUCAAUCCUUAUCUCUACACAUUCCUGGAUGUUUGCCUUAAGAAACAACGCAAGAAAAAAUCGCAAAAGAAGGAAGAAAUCCCAGUAGAGCCCACGCCUUCAUCACAAAAAACGACCUCUACGAUCGAUGAAUGAAUACUGAAUGUUUGAAAAUAUUCGUCUCUGAGGGCUCUCAUUUAUACAAUUUUGGUUUCAUCA